AUGUAUGUCGGAUGGAGAACACAGCCCGUGACAGUCUCUCCCUCUCUGUGUCUCUUCGGUGUGUGUUUGGCGGUGGCGGGCAUCCAGACCUUCGGAAGCAGCUCGGCUGUGGAAGCGAUGAGGAAGAGCCUCUCUCCUUCCCCCAGCAACUCCCUGACACCAGCCAGGGUUUUUGGGGUUCCCCUAGAUGAGGUGCAGCAGAGAGGCCAGCCAGGCCAGGAGGUCCCCCUACUGGUCAGGCACAUCGUAGAGUACAUCGAGGAGCACGGUGAGUGGGACAUUCACAAACUGUAUUUCUAGCUACUCAGGCAUCAAACGGGAGCCAGUACUUCGUCAAAUACCUUAUGUCCUGUUUGUGUCUAUCGCCCGAGUGCUACACAGGAGAGCUGCACAGAUGGGACCUCCAAAAUACAUGCUCUCUCUCUGGCAAAUGAAUCACCUCAUUGAGCAUCACAUUUACCUUAGGGUAUAUUUUUAUGUGCACAGUAAAUCCCAUUAUUCUGCCACUGUCUUGUUUUAUAUCGUCGUGGAUUGUUUUGACAACUCCCUCCGGUACUUUAGAUGAACAUGUACCUGUCAUCAUUUCAGCCUCUGUAUCAAUCCCCACUGGCGACGCUUCUACUUGAUUGACAUUAAAACACAGAUGAUAGAUGGUGUACGUUAUUAUUUAGGAAGAAUCUUCUCAUGUUCCAUAUAGCCUAGCCGAACUAGUGGCUGUGGUUUAAGAAGAGCAGAAAAGAAACAGUUACAGUCAUGACUGUCCUCCUAGCAACACGAUAAACCAAAAAUGUAGUUUGGAGAGAUCCUCUCUGUGAUAAGCUGAACUCUACAUGCACUGCGAUCAAAGAUGUGCUUCCUCCGUUGCAUAGCUUUUUUUGCCAACCUCAACUCCUUUAAACUAUGAAAGUAUGGGCGUAGGGCAAAAAAUGAGCUAGUCAAUCCAAUGUAGGCAUAAUGCUGCAACUCUACAGGCGUAAACAUCCAUUCAGUUCCUAUUACCAUGACAGGGAUUUUCACUUCCUCCUAUGCAUUUCAUCUUGGUUUAUCUCCAGGUAGCUCACCAGUCAACUCAAUUCCAUUUGCCAUCAGGCAGACCUGGUGGUUAUGUAAUACACGACACCCCUCCCACACACACACCUUUCAUUCCCCUGCCUGUUGCCAUAUUAAUGAUAAUUGUGCAGUCCAGAAGUUAAUUUGAAUCUGUCUGGACUGCACAAUGGGAUGCCAUCACUGUGACUUAAUAAGACCUCUGUGCGCAGCAGGAGGCCAGGCCAGCGAGAUGCUGCUGGAGCCCCUUUGGGGUUAGUUAGGCUGGGUAUGGAGGGGAGGUGGGCAGGGGGCCUGCUGCUGGAGCCCCAGUGGGGUUAGUUAGGCUGGGUAUGGAGGGGAGCUGGGCAGGGGGCCUGCUGCUGGAGCCCCAGUGGGGUUAGUUAGGCUGGGUAUGGAGGGGAGCUGGGCAGGGGGCCUGCUGCUGGAGCCCCAGUGGGGUUAGUUAGGCUGGGUAUGGAGGGGAGGUGGGCAGGGGGCCUGCUGCUGGAGCCCCAGUGGGGUUAGUUAGGCUGGGUAUGGAGGGGAGGUGGGCAGGGGGCCUGGUCUGGGCCAGGGCACAUACUAGAGCGCUCUCCCUUACAGUUACCGCCCACUGUUUUCCUUAACCAGGCACAAACCAGAGUUGUGGAAUGACAUGACAGUGUAAUGAUUGUGUUCUCUGCUUCCUGGUUGGGGACUUCCUUGUGUACAGUACACACCCCCUGCUUCAAUAGUGGGAAUUGAUUCAACAGACAGGCAGGAUGUCAUCUUGCUGCUGUAUCUGGAAAGAGAGGAAGCCACUAGCACAACCAACCAACAAUCACUGAAAAGGAUUGUGGGUAAAAUAAAAAUCCUUCCUCCCCAAAAUUAAUACGCUCUGUGAUUGAGCUGUUAGUACAUCUGUAGUACCACUACAAAUAUAGGAAAUGGUGCAAUUUCACCCAUUUGAGAAAUGACAAGUUGAGAAGUUUAUUUGUGUAAUUAAAUCACUGUGGGAUCUGUUUGAGAAAGUCAAGCGGCCAUUCUACUCAUUCAAAGUGAAUGAAUGCUGUAUUCACAGUCCUCAUUGAUAUGGUCCGUAGAGAGGAUUAAUUCAUCAAGAACUGUUAAGCGGACUGAGCCAGUGAUUGACUGCUAUCCUCUGUGCCUCCGUGUUGCUCUCAGGGCGUCUGGAUCUGGAGGGGCUGUUCCUGGUCAACGGUAACGCGGAGCGGGUGGAGUGGCUACGGCAGCGCUAUGACUCUGGGGAGGAGGUGGACCUGGAGAAAGAGGCUGACCUAGCCUCGGCCGUCAGCCUGCUCCGUCUUUUCCUGCAGGAGCUCCCAGAGCCCAUCAUCCCUGCAAGCAUGCAGGCCCACAUCCUGCAGCUCUACCAAGGUACGUUAAUCUUAGUCAUCCUCCAUCUUCAUCAUUCACCUCUCCACUGUCCCCUACCUCUUCAUCGUCCUGUUUAUGUUCUGUCGAUCUGACCUGUACUCCCUAUACAGGUGCUGCACAUUAUUCCUUCUCUCUUCAUCCUCCCCUUCUCUGCCUUUCCACCUGCCCUCUCACCUUAAUUUCUUCCCUUGGCAGCAUCACCUAUAAACCCCUGUUGUGUGUUGUCCAGACUACAGCAGUGAGGAGGAGGUCGCCCGCAACAUGAAGUACUUCCUCCAGCAGCUGCCUCAGGUCAACUACAGCCUGCUACGCUUCCUGUGCCGCUUCCUGUCCAGCGUGGCCUCACUCCAGGAGGAGAGCUGGAGCGUUGGAGCCCUUGCCGCCGUCUUCGGACCCGACAUCUUCCAGUACGACCAACAAUAGUGACAGCACAUCAACUGUCCAUCCUAAAUACCGAUCUCCUGAUCUAUCUCCAUACCUAAGGCCUAUAGUACUUGUUAAUACCUGCAUAUUGAUGGCUCAUUCACUUUGCUGCCACUCACAGGGUUUUUUGCUCAAGUGGUGAUAGAGCACAAAUUAUAUUGAAUUAGAAACUGGGUGGUUUGAGCCCUGAAUGCUGAUUGGCUGAAAGCUGUGGUAUAUGAGACCGUAUACCACGGGUAUGACAAAACAUUUAUUUUUACUGCUCUAAUUAAGUUUAUAACCAGUUUAUAAUAGCAAUAAGGCACCUCGGGGUUUGUGGUAUAUGUCCAAUAUACCAUGGCUAAGGGCUGUAUCCAGGCACUCCGCAUUGCGUCGAGCGUAAGAACAGCCCUUAGACCGUGGUAUAUUGGCCAUAUACCACACCCCCUUGGGCCUUAUUGCUUAAUUAUAUAACGUUAAUGUAUAUUCUCAAAUAAAUAGCACACCCAGAUAAUCUUCUAGACUGGAGGUCAUCUGUAGCCAAUGCUCUGAAAACAGCCGUGUUCUGUUGACUUCAGGGAGAGAACAGCUGUUCUGUCAAUGCCAGAAUCUAAUUAUAAUACCACUAGCAACAUACAUAUGUUUGAAAUGUAUAUUUAAUUGUUGUGUACUUACUAACGUGAUGUUAUUUCUUAGUCAUCUGAUGUGAUGACUAUCUGAAGUCAAACUUAAUGAUGCAAUAAGUUACUACAGUGGGGAAAAAAAGUAUUUAGUCAGCCACCAAUUGUGCAAGUUCUCCCACUUAAAAAGAUGAGAGAGGCCUGUAAUUUUCAUCAUAGGUACACGUCAACUAUGACAGACAAAUUGAGAAAAUAAAAUCCAGAAAAUCACAUUGUAGGAUUUUUUAUGAAUUUAUUUGCAAAUUAUGGUGGAAAAUAAGUAUUUGGUCACCUACAAACAAGCAAGAUUUUUGGCUCUCACAGACCUGUAACUUCUUCUUUAAGAGGCUCCUCUGUCCUCCACUCGUUACCUGUAUUAAUGGCACCUGUUUGAACUUGUUAUCAGUAUAAAAGACACCUGUCCACAACCUCAAACAGUCACACUCCAAACUCCACUAUGGCCAAGACCAAAGAGCUGUCAAAGGACACCAGAAACAAAAUUGUAGACCUGCACCAGGCUGGGAAGACUGAAUCUGCAAUAGGUAAGCAGCUUGGUUUGAAGAAAUCAACUGUGGGAGCAAUUAUUAAGAAAUGGAAGACAUACAAGACCACUGAUAAUCUCCCUCGAUCUGGGGCUCCACGCAAGAUCUCACCCCGUGGGGUCAAAAUGAUCACAAGAACGGUGAGCAAAAAUCCCAGAACCACACGGGGGGACCUAGUGAAUGACCUGCAGAGAGCUGGGACCAAAGUAACAAAGCCUACCAUCAGUAACACACUACGCCGCCAGGGACUCAAAUCCUGCAGUGCAAGACGUGUCCCCCUGCUUAAGCCAGUACAUGUCCAGGCCCGUCUGAAGUUUGCUAGAGUGCAUUUGGAUGAUCCAGAAGAGGAUUGGGAGAAUGUCAUAUGGUCAGAUGAAACCAAAAUAUAACUUUUUGGUAAAAACUCAACUCGUCGUGUUUGGAGGACAAAGAAUGCUGAGUUGCAUCCAAAGAACACCAUACCUACUGUGAAGCAUGGGGGUGGAAACAUCAUGCUUUGGGGCUGUUUUUCUGCAAAGGGACCAGGACGACUGAUCCGUGUAAAGGAAAGAAUGAAUGGAGCCAUGUAUCGUGAGAUUUUGAGUGAAAACCUCCUUCCAUCAGCAAGGGCAUUGAAGAUGAAACGUGGCUGGGUCUUUCAGCAUGACAAUGAUCCCAAACACACCGCCCGGGCAACGAAGGAGUGGCUUCGUAAGAAGCAUUUCAAGGUCCUGGAGUGGCCUAGCCAGUCUCCAGAUCUCAACCCCAUAGAAAAUCUUUGGAGGGAGUUGAAAGUCCGUGUUGCCCAGCAACAGCCCCAAAACAUCACUGCUCUAGCGGAGAUCUGCAUGGAGGAAUGGGCCAAAAUACCAGCAACAGUGUGUGAAAACCUUGUGAAGACUUACAGAAAACGUUUGACCUGUGUCAUUGCCAACAAAGGGUAUAUAACAAAGUAUUGAGAAACUUUUGUAAUUGACCAAAUAUUUAUUUUCCACCAUAAUUUGCAAAUAAAUUCAUAAAAAAUCCUACAAUGUGAUUUUUGGAUUUUUUUCCCUCAUUUUGUCUGUCAUAGUUGACGUGUACCUAUGAUGAAAAUUACAGGCCUCUCUCAUCUUUUUAAGUGGGAGAACUUGCACAAUUGGUGGCUGACUAAAUACUUUUUUUCCCCCACUGUAUAUUAUUGUAAGGUGUGAUGGUUGGGAUAACAGCUGAUCUGAGGUCAUUUCCUCUCUGUUUCUGUACUGUAGUUUAGACAUGGACGUGGAAGGCCUUUCAGGUAUGAAGGUUGAUAACAGCUGAUCUGAGGUCAUUUCUUGUCUGUAUACUGUAGUUUAGACACCGAUGUGUGUUUAUGAUAACUGCUGAUCUGAGGUCAUAUUUUCUGUAACUCUAGUUUAGACACGGACGUGGAGGACCUGAAGGAGCAGGAGUCAGUGAGCCGCAUCCUGGCGGAGCUGCUGGAGAAUCUGGAGGAGUUCUUUGACUCGGAGGACGAUGACGUUUCCACUACCAACGACUACAGCUCCAUCAACCAACAGGUAAGGCCCUUCUCUCCGUUAUCCCCUAGAGAUGUCUUCUAUUCUGGGCCUAAUAUACAACCUCACUCACCCUACUGCAUUUGUUAAAGGCUUGGAGGUAGGGAGCCCGUAUGUCGAGGCAUAAUGGUAUUUUGGUUGUUAUUACCUCAAAUGUAAUAAUUAACUGCCCUGCAUGUGUUGAGCUGAAAAUAUGUUGUGUUGUAUUUCAGUAAUGAGGAAGUAGAGGGUUUUAACGUUAUUCCAACCACUCUGAGUCUGGCACUGCCAUGGAAAAGGAGAGAUUAUGAAACAGAUUCUGGAAUUACUGCAGUGUUGCUUAUCAAGGCAGUCUAAAUGUUGAGGAUAGUAUUUUGGCCCCAAGCCAAAGACAACUGUUGAGAGAAUAGAGAAGGUAAAGAGGUGUUGAGGAGUUGCCUUUGUCUGUCUGCAUGCCUUUAUAAUAGGCUUCACCUCCCUGUGCAGACACCCAGAGGUGUGGCAGAAUCACCUCCCUGUGCAGACACCCAGAGGUGUGGCAGAAUCACCUCCCUGUGCAGACACCCAGAAGUGUGGCAGAAUCACCUCCCUGUGCAGACACCCAGAGGUGUGGCAGAAUCACCUCCCUGUGCAGACACCCAGAGGUGUGGCAGAAUCACCUCCCUGUGCAGACACCCAGAAGUGUGGCAGUAUCACCUCCAUGUGCAGACACCCAGAGGUGUGGCAGUAUCAACUGUUUUCAGUCACAGCCCUGAGCUUGAGAAAUGGCUUCUGAGUUGCCUGCCUGUCUGUCUUUGUGUAAUAGGGAUGGUUGCUCGAAGUGGCCAGCAUUUAGUGGCAAAAUGGGUGUUCAGGAGUUCCUCUCAGCCAUGUCUCCCUAGAAUCCACAGAACACACACACACAGCAGUCUUCAGAUCAGCGUUGGGUAGAUGUGCCGCUGAACUCUCAAAUCUGGACCUAAUCCUCGGCGACAGCAGCAUAUUUGCAUUCCAGAGGCAGGCACUCUCUUACACAGGAAGCGGACAAUGAUAAGCCACAAAGUCCAUCCAUGUGACUCCUUUCUCCCCCUGUAUUGUGACUCUAGCCCAGGGAUAGGCUGUUUAGAAAUGGCCCUCUGUUCUCUAUGAAGGAAAAUGUGUAACCGCUGUGCUUACAUAACCAUGGUGAUGUAACGGUGGAACUGACACCUGCGGCCGUCUCCGGGGCCGUCUCAGUUUCCUAAUGGACCUUAAGGAGUAUUAAGACAGCUUGUUAGCCUGGCCUGGAUAGAAUCUAACAGGCUAACUCACACAGCACAGGCAACCAGUAGUGCUUAUUCCAUCCUGUCUGGCCAGAGACCAUGUGUCGGAGUGGGAAGUGCUGCCUUUAGUUUCACUGCAUUUCAGCCUUGGGGUUGGGUUGGGCUAGUCAUAGCCCGGGUUGGGUUGGGUUGGGCUAGUCAUAGCCCGGGUUGGGUUGGGUUGGGCUAGUCAUAGCCCGGGUUGGGUUGGGUUGGGUUGGGCUAGUCAUAGCCCGGGUUGGGUUGGGUUGGGCUAGUCAUAGCCCGGGUUGGGUUGGGUUGGGCUAGUCAUAGCCCGGGUUGGGUUGGGUUGGGCUAGUCAUAGCUGGGCUGGGUUGUUAUUAGGGAAGGUCAUCCUGCUGCACAGUCCCAUCUAAAUAAGGCUGUAUGCUGCCACAGCUCUGCAGGAUAAAUAAGGCUGUAUGCUGCCACAGCUCUGCAGGAUGAAUAAGGCUGUAUGCUGCCACAGCUCUGCAGGAUGAAUAAGGCUGUAUGCUGCCACAGCUCUGCAGGAUGAAUAAGGCUAUAUGUUGCCACAGCUCUGCAGGAUGAAUAAGGCUGUAUGCUGCCACAGCUCUGCAGGAUGAAUAAGGCUGUAUGCUGCUACAGCUCUGCAGGAUGAAUAAGGCUGUAUGCUGCUACAGUUCUGCAGGAUUGAGGAGGUUCAAAUCAAACUUUAUUUAUAGAGCGCAUUUCUAACAGGAAAAGCAUUUCAAAGUGCUUAUGUAACAGUGUUGCUUCCGUCCCUCUCCUCACCCCUACCUGGGCUUGAACCAGGGACCUUCUGCACACAUCGACAACAGUCACCCUCAAAGCACCGUUACCCGUCGCUCCACAAAAGCCGCGGCCCUUGCAGAGCAAGGGAAACAACUACUUCAAGGUCUGAGCAAGUGACGUCACCGAUUGAAAUGCUACUAGCGCGCACCGCUAACUAACUAGCCAUUUCACACCGGUUACACUUUACAUAAUAGAACAAUACAAGGUGAGAAAAACAAACAAAUGUUUUCUAGAAGAGACAUUAAAAUAAGUGGAUAUGAGACUAAUGCAUAAAAUAAAUAAUAUACUUGAAUAGCUAGUAUGAGUAAAAGCUGGGCUCAGUGUUAUGCUUCUGUGGAGUGGGAGAGGAACUGAUGUAGGCAGCUAAUUGGAGAAGGAAGCAUCAACCCAGUUGGAGGCAUUAUUUACAGGAAAGACAUGGCACCUGUGGGGACGGCUCGCGUAUUGUAUACAUGCAGCCAGAAAGUCAUAGCCUGCAGCUGCUUUAUUCCCAACUCUAGUAAGCUAUUUGGAACAGCACAACCAUUCAUGCAAGAAUAAAACCAAAGGCCUGGGAAUUUGAGGGAAUUUUCUGCUGUCAUUUAUUUGAUUUUCCAUUUUAUUUCCGUUGCUAAGGCUUCACCUCCAGUCAUACCCUUGCCUAGUCUGACACCAUGCCUAGUCUGACACCUUGCCUUGUCUGACACCUUUGCCUUUUCUGACACCUUUUUACAUGGCACCCUUUUUUAAGUGCUAAAUGGCGAAGGAGAGGCAUGUUUUAGUUAAGACUUCUGAUGCUAAUCUCAUGCUCGGGGCCUGUAUCCACAAAGCAUCUCAGAGUAGGAUUGCUGAUCUAGGAUCAAUUUUGCUUUUAGAUUAUAAUGAAUAAGAUUAUAUGGACAGAUCCUAGAUCAGCACUACUCUGAGAUGCUUUGUGGAUAGGGCCCUCCACCUCAACACUUCUCCUCCUCAACACUUCCAUAUGGGCUCUCUCCAGGGCAUAACAUUUUCUUUUGGGUCCAUCAGCCACUGUGGCAGGUAGAUUUAAUAAUCUACCAGCCACUCCGAUUUUUUAACCAGCCAAAAUAUUGAUUUUCCGCUAAAAUUACACCAACAAAACACAACAAAAAACGGAUGAGCAUGCUUUGUAAUGUUUCUAAAACAAUGUGUUAUUUUGUUUAAUUUAAUGAUUUAUGACCUUUUGUGUCAUGCACAAAGUAGAUGUCCUAACCGCCUUGCCAAAACAAUUGACAAGAGGGCCAAUUGUGCGCCGCCCUAUGGGACUCCUGGUCACGGCCGGACCCCAGGCUGUAGUGACGCCGCAACACUGCGAUGCAGUGCCUUAGACUGCUGCGCCACCAUUCUAAACAGUGCACCAGGGAAAACACCAUUCUAAACAGCGGUUCCAUAUGCGACAGAGAUGAAAAUCUCUGUUAGAAACUUAGAAAGAGGGGGAAUCUAAAGAUGCAACAACUAGGAUGGGUUGCUAAUAUGACUGACUGUGCCUUUGGCUUCUGGACAACAGAAAAGGUUGAUAUGAAAACCAAUAGAACAAGAGAGAAAUGGCAUAGCGGUGGGGCCAAUAGGGAAGUAAAUGGAAAUACAUUUGCUGAAGUUAUAUAAUUACUCCUGUCUAUGCAGAAAUAAAGCCAUUCCAAAUACUUCACCACAAAGCAUGACUUAGCCACAGAGGAAUUGAGGAUCAUUAGCUUAUUUAAAAAAAUUGCUGUGGAUUGUUUCAAAUCAAAAGCUCAUAGGCCUAUGCCUAUUUGGGAAGCCCGCAAUUUGGGCAGCGUGUGGCAAUAGGCCUAGCUGAUUUAUUGAGUUGCGGCUGUCUGUGAAAAGCAUCUAAAAUAUGUCUGAAGACAGUGUGUCUUGAGUAUAAUUUAAAAUGUUGAGACAAGAAGAAGGGAAGGGGGAUGAAGAUCUCUCCAGAAUAGCUCAGCUGUCUCCCACCAAUUUUUGCGCGUUCAUUGUGUGAAUUGUUUGCAUUUUUUUAUUUAAAGAAAUAUAUAUAAAUUCCCCAUUACAUGUCACCAAUAGUAAAUGUACUGUUAAUCCCCGUCAUUUGGUUACAUUAAUUUCGGUUAAUGCAUGUACAAUGAGGGGAAAAAGUAUUUGAUCCCCUGCUGAUUUUGUAUGUUUGCCCACUGACAAAGACAUGAUCAGUCUAUAAUUUUCCUCUGAAUCAUUCAGAUGUUCAUUGGCAAACUUCAGAUGGGCCUGGAUAUAUGUGCUUUCUUGAGCAGGGGGACCUUGCGGGCGCUGCAGGAUUUCAGUCCUUCACGGCGUAGUGUGUUACCAAUUGUUUUCUUGGUGACUAUGGUCCCAGCUGCCUUGAGAUCAUUGACAAGAUCCUCCCGUGUAGUUCUGGGCUGAUUCCUCACCGUUCUCAUGAUCAUUGCAACUCCACGAGGUGAGAUCUUGCAAGGAGCCCCAGGCCGAGGGAGAUUGACAGUUAUUUUGUGUUUCUUCCAUUUGCGAAUAAUCGCACCAACUGUUGUCACCUUCUCACCAAGCUGCUUGGCGAUGGUCUUGUAGCCCAUUCCAGCCUUGUGUAGGUCUACAAUCUUGACCCUGACAUCCUUGAAGAGCUCUUUGGUCUUGGCCAUGGUGGAGAGUUUGGAAUCUGAUUGAUUGAUUGCUUCUGUGGACAGGUGUCUUUUAUACAGGUAACAAGCUGAGAUUAGGAGCACUCCCUUUAAGUGUGCUCCUAAUCUCAGCUCGUUACCUGUAUAAAAGACACCUGGGAGCCAGAAAUCUUUCGGCGCACAAUUGGCCCUCUUGUCAAUUGUUUUGGCAAGGCGGUUAGGACAUCUACUUUGUGCAUGACACAAAAGGUCAUAAAUCAUUAAAUUAAACAAAAUAACACAUUGUUUUAGAAACAUUACAAAGCAUGCUCAUCUGUUUUUUGUUGUGUUUUGUUGGUGUAAUAAUAGCGUUUAACAUGAUUUUUAAAUGACUACCCCAUCUCUGUACCCCACACAUACAAUUAUCUGUAAGAUCCCUUAGUCGAGCAGUGAAUUUCAAACAUAGAUUCAAACACAAAAACCAGGGAGGUUUUCCAAUGCCUCGCAAAGAAGAGCACCUAUUGGUAGAUGGGUAAAAAUAAAACAGCAGAUAUUGAAUAUCCCUUUGAGCAUGGUGAAGUUAUUAAUUACACUUUGGAUGGUGUAUCAAUACACCCAGUCAUUACAAAGAUACAGGUGCCCUUCCUAACUCGGUUGCCGAAGAGGAAGGAAACCACUCAGAGAUUUCACCAUGAGGCCAAUGGUGACUUUAAAACAGUUAGUUUAAUGGCUGUGAUAGCAGAAAACUGAGGAUGGAUCAACAACAUUGUAGUUACUCCACAAUACUAACCUAAAUGUACAGAAUAUAUUUUUUUAAACAUGUAUCCUGUUUGCAAUAAUGGACUAAAGUAAUAAUGCAAAAAAUGCGGCAAAGAAAUUAAUAUUUGUGUCACUCUUCAUAUUUUCAAGCAUGGUGGCAACGACUAGGGAGUUUUUUUUUUUAGGAUAAAAAGAAACAGAAUAGAGCUACUAAGCACAGGCAAAAUCCUAGAGGAAAACCUGGUUGUCUGCUUUCCACCAGACACUGGGAGAUAUUCACUUUUCAGCAGCACAAUUACCUAAAACGCAAGGCCAAAUCUAAACUGGAGUUGCUUACCAAGACAACAUUGAAUGGUCCUGAGUGGCUUAGUUACAGUUUUGACUUAAAUCGGCUUGAAAAUCUAUGGCUAGACUUGAAAAUGGCUGUUUAGCAAUGAUCAACAACAAACUUGACCGAACUUGAAUAAUUUAUUUAAGAAUAAUGGGGAAAUAUUGUACAAUCCAGGUGUGCAAAGCUCUUAGACUUACCCAGAAAGACUCACAGCUGUAAUCGCUGGCAAAGGUGAUUCUAACAUGGAUUGAUCAGGUGGUUGAAUACUUAUCUAAUCAAGAUACACAGAGUGUACAAAACAUUAGGAACAUCUUUCCAUGACAGACUGACCAGGUGAAAGCUAUGAUGCCUUAUUGAUGUCAAUUGUUAAAUUCACUUUAAUCAGUGUAGAUGAAGGGGAGGAGACAGGUUAAAGAAUGAUUUUUAAGCCUUAAAACAAUUGAGACAUGGAUUGUGUGUGUGUGUUCCAUUCAGAGGGUGAAUGGGCAAGACAAGAUAUGUAAGUGCCUUUUGAACAGGGUUUGGUAGUAGGUGUCAGGCGUACCAGUUUAAGUGUGUCAAGAACUGCAACGCUGCUGGAUUUUUCACGCUCAACAGUUUCCCGCGUGUAUCAAGAAUGGUCCACCACCCAAAGGAUAUCCAGCCAACUUGACAUCGGAGUCAACAUGGGCCAGCAUUAGAGUAUUUUGUGUAGAUUGUUGACAAAAAAAUGAAUGAAAUCCAUUUUAAUCCCACUUUGUAACACAACAAAAUGUGGAAAAAGUCAAGGGCUGUGAAUACUUUCUGAAGGUACUGUAAAGGGGGCGUGUCUGUAGCACGGUACUUCUCAUUUCCCAGUCCAGGGUAAUGUGAUAUGGCUGUCAUUGUUAAGUAGCUCUAUGUAGCCCUGGAGGUCCAUCCAUCGGUAGUAAGCGCAAAACAGGGUGCAUUGGCCAAUUCGUUGACAACUUCAGCUUUAGCUUGCUUAUAUAGAGCGGGUACUAGCUGUUUGCUGAAAUGGGUGCGAGAGGGCGAAGUUUGUAACGUGGCUCGAGCACUUUCUCGACGUGCUGAAACCUCCUAUUCUUCUCAACCACUGAGAAUGGGCGCGUUUCCGUGGCUAUGAACAUACCUAGCGCUCUAGUAGUUUCUUUGGCCCGGUCAGAAUCAGCUGCGAAGGGCUGUUUGAAUGCAGAGGGGAGACUACAGGGGGGGUUCCGUCUUGCUCCGGUGGUAGGAAUACUGAGGUGAUGUCGUUGCAGUGAUUGUAGAGUCUGCUGCUAAUAUGGGAGGUACAUUACAUUGUACAAGAUGUUCCAUAAAGAUCUAAAGAUACUAUAGAUCACCACCUUAGCUGCAAAUUGUUCAGUGUCCUAUGUUUAAUCUCUUUCCAAUGAGAGAGAGAGAGGGAGAGAAUAGGAAUGACUAAUAGAUGUAUAUUUAAAAAAAGAAUUACCCACUUUUUCUCCCCAAUUUCGUGGUAACCAAUUGGUAGUUACAGUCUUGUCCCAUCGGAGCCGUGCGUCCUCUGAAACACAACCCAACCGAGCCGCACUGCUUCUUGACACAAUGCCCGCUUAACCCGGAAGCCAGCCGCACCAAUGUGUCGGAGGAAACACCAAACACUGUACACCUGGCGACCGUGUCAGCGUGCACUGCACCCGGCCCGCCACAGGAGUCGCUAGUGCGCGAUGGGACAAGAACAUCCCUGCCGGCCAAACCCUCCCCUAACCUGGACGACGCUGGGCCAACUCGAACCAGGAUCAGUGCAGUGCCUUAGACCACUGCGCCACUCGGGAGGCGACUGAUAUUCUGUCAUUGCAUCUAUGUCUGUGUUUACACAGGCAGUAAAAUUCGGAUAUUUUGCCAAUCAUUUGUAUUUUGACCAAUCAAAUCAAAUUAAGGGCGAGGCCUGGCCAGACUAAUCCGUGGAGAAUGGACACAAAAUUACAACAGAUUGAUUUUGGUCUGUGCGCGUGUGGAGUGUGGCGUAAAAUGCUUGAGUGUGUGGGUAAUUGGCUAAACGGAUGGUUACGUAUCUGUCAGCCCGUCAAAAGUUAAACUCAUCUGAACUUUUGGUGCUUUCAAGACAACUGGUAGGUCAAAUCAUGACGUCAGUGAUCUUCAGGUCAGAAAGUCGGAGUUCUAGAAAGAUGCCCGAAUUUCCGACAUGGAAUUUCAAGUUGGAUGACCGUUCAAAAAGAAUUUACCCAGUCUGAGCUAGGUUUUUCCUGAGUUCCCAGUUGUUUUGAACGCAGCAUUUUUGUCUGUGAAAAUGGAUGAACAUUUUAUGGAUAUAGAUGCGUCAUCUCUGAUGACCGUCAACGUACGACUCCCAUUGAGAAUAUGGAUCAAAUCAACGGUCCAGUCUGGCCCCACUGCUUCUUGACACAAUGAUUCCAUUGACUACCCUAUCACUUAAUAUUUUAAUAUGUCUACAUUUUUUGAAAGAAUUUUGCAGAAUGAAGAAUUACUUCAUCUGAAUUUGACAUGGGAAAUGGUUCUAGGUAAUUCUCAAUGUCCACACCGGACGGUUUAUGAAAUGCUUCUGGCAAUGAUGGGGAAUGUUCCAUGGUCUCUCUGUAGUGGGCAUUUACAGCUGUCAGUGCUGUCAGGACCUGGUGUUGUAAAACUUGAAGGUUACUUUGACUCCCCAUCCAUCCACUAGAGACCUUUUUAAGUGUUUGAUCUCUUUCUCUAUUCAGAUCUCUUUAGUAGUCUCCCCCUUCAGUAUGUUUAAAUGCGCAAUGUUUUGGUCUUUGUGGAUAAACCGGUCUAAUCCAAUGGAACAGUGUGAGAAUCCUCUCCGCUUCCUCUGGGCUCGGUCUGUUUUUCUGCUGCUACACAACAGCCAGCGGAUAGACACCGCUGCCAUGAACACACACACAACCAGGAGUCAUAACCAUCUGCAUACACGAUGAAGGAGAAGGCCCUGAAAUCCAAUCAGAGGUGUCAGGUAGCUGUUGCCUUGGCAAUGCGGCUGUGACACGGCAGCAGAUCGCGGUUGGCAUGGAGGGAGGGAGAGACUGUGAGUAUGGGCUUUGAGAUAUCUCAGAAUAGGAGGGGAAUGCUGUGUCUUCUAGACUGCAGUCAACCAAUUAUUGGCAAAAUAUCCAAAUUUUCGAAGACUGAAUAUCAAUUAGUCAUUCCUAUUCUCAGUUAGGUUACCCCACCGAGUCUCCCUCUCCUUGCAAUGAGAUUAAACAUAGCUGCAAAUGGUGAAUGGUGUGAUCUAUAUUAUCUUUAGAUCUUUAAGGAACAUCUUGUACAAUGUAAUGUACCGCCCAUAUUAGCAGCAGGCUCUGCACUCACUGCACCGACUGCAGUGUUAUUAUCUAGGUACAUUUCAAGGGAUGUCAACACCACCGAUUCAGUUAGGACCUAUUCAAGGAACAGCCAGCCUGGCUGAAAAGGUACAGCAGCAACCACUUGGUAAGUGUAACAGAUGUCUGCUUUGUUUUUCUAGUCGUUCGAUGUUGUACAGUGUACAUAGAAAACAUCUGAGCCCACAUGACCUGUCCUGUACAUGAGAUGCUUUGUUUGCAGGCUGUCUAUAUACGUUCUUUGUUGAUAGUGGUGCAAAAAAUUGUUGUGAGCUUAUUGAUUCAUUAUGAGGUCAAUAAUGGGACAGGUACCGGUAUGGAUUUUUACAAUACAGUCUAUAACAAUAUUUUGAUACAGUGCUAAAUAAAAGUAAAAGUUCUACAAAUUGGACUACUUCACUGUCAGGUUUGUCCUAUUUUGGUUGAGUAUUAAACUAUCUGAACGGUGAAAGCAAAUUCAUGCUCUCUUCCUCCAUGUAGAAAUGUGACUGCAACCACAGCGCACAAGCACACACACCCAGGUACCGAGAGUCAGGACCGACAGCAGACUGUCAAACCAGCAGUGUUUCCUUGUCAUCGCUCACUUUGUGUCCUAUCAAUAGAUCACUAGAAGAUGCAUACUAUUCAUUCUAGCGGGAGAGGGCUCGGCUGACUUUUUUUCUGACUAGCGAAUUUAAAAGUAGCCUAGUUAAUUUAAGUGGGAAAAGUACCUGGCUGAAAAUGAUGCUGUAAUCGGCUGUAUAGCCAACAGCCAGCGCUAGUGGAAAACACUGCCAUCAGAAAUGAGAAAAAUAUUGUGAAAUGAUAUUUUAGCCAUAUUUCCCAGCCCCUCUGUAACCUACAUGUUACAUAAUGUAGUCUGGCUGGCACAGUUUGUAGUGGUACUGCUCCGUCACAGUGUGUCAGAGGUGUCAUGUAUGAUGAUACUUCAAUCUCCUCGCCUACUUCAAUAAGAUGACAGCUGUUGGAGUGCCUCUAUCUAAAAUGUCCCCCAACCCUUCUCUCUCUCUCUCUCUCUCCUGCAGAUCACAGAACUCCUGGACGAUGACAAAUUAGAGGCGUUUGAUGAGCUGCCCCAAGAUGGCGAGGACGGCCCCCCCCCCGCCUCCGAAUCCCCCCAACACAGUAACACCCAGGUCCAGGUCACCCCCUCUUCA